UAUGCGGAAUUCGGAAAAUACUUUUAAAAGAAAAACUAAAAGAAAAUUAACAAAAUAAAGAUGAGUGAACCGCAGACAACAAUUACAGAUGAUAAAAAACACAGAAUACAAGGAGCCGCUUUUCUUGGCCUAGUUGGAGGUAUAUCGGCAUUAUUUGGUUUCUCGCGGACACUUGGUAAGGCGAAAAAGUCAGAAUCAAAACUUCUGGAAAAGGGAGGAACCAAGACCUUAAUACUUCUGGACGAAGGUUCGGCAUUAGCUAUGCGUGCACUUGGUUAUGGUACUCUAUAUGCUGUUUUGGGUACGGGAGCAUUUUGUUUUGGUGUUUGGAAAUUAUCGGGAGCCAAGAAUAUGGAAGAAUUCCGCAUGAAAAUGGGUAGUGCUCUACCAAAACUGACCAGCGACGAGCCACCCAAAAGCCGCACAGACUUUGAAAGUUUGACUGAUUUAAUGAAAUACUUAGCUGCCUGGGGCAAAGAAUAAUAAAA